AUGGCCCGUACCAAGCAGACCGCUCGUAAGUCCACCGGAGGAAAAGCUCCCCGUAAACAACUGGCCACGAAGGCAGCUCGCAAGAGUGCCCCGGCCACCGGAGGAGUAAAGAAGCCUCAUCGUUAUCGUCCAGGAACGGUCGCUCUGCGUGAAAUCCGUCGUUACCAGAAGUCCACCGAACUCCUGAUCCGCAAGCUUCCGUUCCAACGUUUGGUUCGUGAAAUUGCUCAGGAUUUCAAGACCGAUCUGCGAUUCCAGAGCUCGGCCGUUAUGGCUCUGCAAGAGGCCAGUGAAGCCUACUUGGUUGGUUUGUUCGAAGACACCAAUCUGUGCGCCAUCCACGCCAAGCGUGUGACCAUCAUGCCAAAGGACAUCCAGUUGGCUCGCCGUAUCCGAGGAGAGCAUCACUGCAGUAUCAUCUGCGAACUGGGAAAGUAUACCAUCAUUCAGAAGUCUCGGGAUGUCUAUCAAAUAUCGUAUUACACUACCGCUAUGGCACGUACCAAGCAGACCGCUCGUAAGUCCACCGGAGGAAAAGCUCCCCGUAAACAACUGGCCACCAAAGCAGCUCGCAAGAGUGCCCCGGCCACCGGAGGAGUAAAGAAGCCUCAUCGUUAUCGUCCAGGAACGGUCGCUCUGCGUGAAAUCCGUCGUUACCAGAAGUCCACCGAACUCCUGAUCCGCAAGCUUCCGUUCCAACGUUUGGUUCGUGAAAUUGCUCAGGAUUUCAAGACCGAUCUGCGAUUCCAGAGCUCGGCCGUUAUGGCUCUGCAAGAGGCCAGUGAAGCCUACUUGGUUGGUCUGUUCGAAGACACCAAUCUGUGCGCCAUCCACGCCAAGCGUGUGACCAUCAUGCCAAAGGACAUCCAAUUGGCUCGUCGUAUCCGAGGAGAGCGUGCUUAA